CAGUACGAGCGCCGUGACUGGCUUAUUUAGCCGCACCUAGACGGAAGUUACCUAUUAGUGACUGUCGACGUUCACGCCGUCAUUUGUUGGGUUGUACUCUCACUGUUCGUUGCUUUGUUGCCGACGACGACAAUGCAAGCCACCGUUUUCUUGCUUCUGUUGUUCACGUGGAUUGAUGACAUCAAAACAGCCUACAGUGUAGAUCCAGAAUCUAUUGUCGAGCCGGUCAACAUUGAUAGUUCCGACUACGCCCACGUGCAAGAAGAUGGCGUGAAGAUUUGGCGUUUCGACAUCGAAUCUCACCGAUGCGGCUCGGCUCGUGUCAACCUCAAGUCGUUUGUCAUGAAUCUUGGAGACUACGUCGUUGUGUAUGGCCUGAAUGCAGACGGACAAGCAAUAGGAGUAGAGAGAUUUGAACGAAAAGGUUGGCGCGAUGAAGGCGAAGUGAACAGUCGUCGCGUGUGGGCUAAACAUAUCGUUCUCGAGUUGCACGCAAAGUCUCCAUCUUCUCACUUCCAUUUCACAUACGUUCACUACGCUGACUGUUAUCAUGAAGGAGUGAGUAAACCCAACACGCUUUGUUCUGAUGGCGCAGGCUGGAAGAACAUGGUUUGUUUCGAAAAUGAUUCUAGUAUCUACAAUCUUGGACCGUCAGUGCUUGCCACGCGCUUCGUCAUUGGAGGAAUGCCGGAUACUUGCACUGUAUGGAAAUCUGGCAGAGACGGAGAAUUCACUACUUGUCAUCAUUGCUUUCCUGAUCAGACUGUCGUCAGUACCGCUGAAUUGUUUUAUAAGUUUGACACAACCACGUGCAAUGGUACCGAGGGUUCCAUAGCUGCCACUUAUUACGCAGACAGACUGCUUAAAACGGACGAGGAUCUGGAUUAUUCUGUCUUCACUGUAAAGGAAAGUACUACACAUAUAAGUUGUCUGCGCCGUACAACCACCAUAGCAUCUACAAGCGAUAGAAUAUUCCUUAUUCACCAUCCGAAUGGAAAUCCCAAGAAAGUCUCGUACCAAUCCAAUGCAGACGCUGGUGGCUAUUGCUUAAUACAACUCAAUUCCACCUGUGUCAACAACGAAACUGUCUGUUACAGCUGCGAUACAUUAGGUGGCUCAUCUGGAUCUCCUGUGUUCUACACUAGGGAUGGAGUCAAAGUGGUCUUUGCACUUCAUUUUGGAAAUGCACAAGCAACUCCUCGUUGUCCAAACCAUGGAAAAAAGAUGUAUUUCAUAGCUAACCAAGGAGCACUCGGACAAUGUCCCUAGUGAACACUGUCAUCAAGCAACGCCUAAUUUGAUGACGUUACCGUGAGCAGCAAAAGAACAAUUUGAUCAAGUCCCAGUUGAUAGUAAUAAGGAAGCUGCUCGAACGGAUUUGUGAUGCUGUAGUAUAGAUUAGUUAGGGUGUCUUGUUGAUUAGUGGCUUUACCAAGUUGUGAGCAUGGUAAACGUAGUGUUGUCUGUAGCUAAGAAAGACUGGGCUGCAUUGAA